AUGUCUUCAGACACCGCGCUGAUACCUGGUCCUCCUGCAGGAACACUGGCUCCCAUGAGCUCGCUGGUGCCGAACUGUGCAAUAUGCAAUGCGCCGCCUCAGGCGCAAUGCCCGUGUGAGUCGGAUGGAUUGAGGAUCGCGGUUCAACAAGCCGAGAAGAGGAUAAUGGAGCCCAUGCUGGACAAGAUACGAGAUUGGGUUAUUGAACAUGCUAGACAAUACGUUCUACAAACUUUUUCCGCAAUUUCCGCUGCUCGCAAACAACAGCAUGCGUCCUAUCUCGCGUCUCUGCACAACAACCCCGCCUACUUUCCAUUUGGCGGUCCGCACCCUUCACAAAUGGCGCAGAUGGAAAUCGAGCUGAAGCGAGGGAUCGACGAGGAUUGGCGCCAUACUAUCCAAACAUAUCCAGAUGUCCUGAAUUACUUUUACAACCUCGUCGAACUGACGCUGCCGAGCGAUAAUUCUCCUACUGUUGCUGAGCCCUCUGUCGGCAGCCAUCCGCAGCCAGAAGUUCCGCCCCAGCAACCGCCUCAACAAGAGCCAUCAACACCCCCAAGACAACCUGGAAGAGGCAGCUUGAACCCGGAGGCAGCGCCAGGAUCCGAGGAGAGGCGACGUCAGAGGCGGCGACGAUACAGCGUUGGGAGAGAAACCACUACUAUUCCGACUGCGCCCCCGCCACCAGCUACAAAACGAACAGCACGGGACUCCAAUCGUGUUUAUGGCUGGUGA